AAAAAAAAACUUGUGAAAAAACGAGCUAGGCUAGCGCGGGUGCGUGCGGUGCGGUGUAUUUACGGGACGAAGUGGCAAGUCCCCACGUUGCCACAAACUUCUCUUAUCAUUAAUUAGUCGGUCAUAUAUAGUUCGACUUGUUAUUCGCAUUACGCAUAUCGCGGGUGACGGUCGACGGGUCAUUUCUGUCCCGAGCUGAUGCCAUCAACUGCAUCGCAAGAACAAUUAGUUAACAAGUUAGACAACCUUGUUUUGCCAUUAACCACAAGAAUGCCGAACAUCAAAGUGUUCAGCGGGAGCUCGCACCCUGAUCUGGCGCAGAAGAUCGUCGAUCGACUGGGAAUCGACCUGGGAAAAGUGGUAACCAAGAAAUUUAGCAACAUGGAAACAUGUGUGGAGAUCGGAGAGUCGGUGCGCGGCGAAGAUGUUUAUAUCGUGCAGAGCGGCAGCGGAGAGAUCAAUGACAAUCUAAUGGAACUCCUAAUUAUGAUCAAUGCGUGCAAAAUAGCUUCGGCGUCGCGCGUAACUGCCGUCAUCCCGUGCUUCCCGUACGCGCGACAAGACAAGAAAGACAAAAGCCGAGCGCCGAUCACUGCCAAGCUCGUCGCCAACAUCCUGUCCGUGUCGGGCGCCGACCACAUAAUCACCAUGGACCUUCACGCGUCUCAAAUUCAGGGAUUCUUUGACAUACCUGUAGAUAACCUCUUUGCUGAGCCAGCUGUUUUGAAGUGGAUAAAAGAAAACAUUCCUGACUGGAAGACCAGUAUUGUGGUGUCACCUGAUGCUGGUGGUGCUAAGAGGGUCACUUCGAUUGCUGAUCGCCUCAAUGUUGAGUUCGCUUUGAUCCACAAAGAGAGGAAGAAGGCUAAUGAAGUGGCUUCCAUGGUGCUUGUUGGUGACGUUAAGGACCGCACAGCCAUCCUGGUCGACGACAUGGCUGACACUUGUGGAACUGUCUGCCACGCUGCUGAAAAACUGAUAGAAGCAGGCGCUAUAAAAGUUUAUGCCAUACUUACUCAUGGUAUCUUCUCCGGCCCUGCUAUCUCAAGGAUCAACAAUGCCUGUUUAGAGGCUGUGGUUGUCACUAACACGAUCCCUCAGGACCGGCAUAUGCAGGACUGUCCCAAGAUCCAGUGCAUUGAUGUGUCCAUGAUGCUGGCGGAAGCGGUCCGGCGUACACACAACGGGGAAUCAGUGUCGUACCUAUUCUCAAAUGUUCCAUAUUAGAUUAAUUUGCUUUUGUUUUAGUUUUAAGGACCUCCAACAUGUUUUAAAAUAUAAUAUGUAAUGCUUACAUAUAUACUGUUUAUCUCGUGAUAGUUAUACCUUUGAUAGCCUCAGUUGGUAGCAUAUUUUCAUGGAUAUGGCUGAUGUAAGAUUUGUUGUCACACUAGACGUUUGUUAUAUGGAAAUGUGCGGUUAUCUUACUAACUGCGGAGGUCAAAGGUCAAUGUUUGAGGUCAUUUAGUGUUUAGCUGUAAUCUCACUAAGUUUAAAUAGGGUCCUUCCAGUUUUGUUACUCUGUAUACUGUUUAUUGUGAACUAGCUCAGUGAUUUGUUUAUAUUCUUUUAAAAUGUGUUUUUAUUCAUUUUGUUAUGCAUUUAAAAACAUUUUCUUCAAAGUAUAACUUUGUGAUUACCGGUUAAACUUAAAGAUCGAGCAUGGUAAUAUUUUUUUAUUAUACAUCAUAAAAUGCCAUCUAUUUGGCCUAGCCAUCAUAGGUUUUAACUUUCAGCACUUUGAGAAGCCUAUACCUGCAUUUACAUUCAUAAAAGUAUUCAACAUAACAUAAUUCAUUGUUUUUAUAUUGGGUAGUUAAUGUUUAAAGACAAUCUAGUUUAUAAUAGCGUAGUUACACAUUUUUAUAAGCUGUUUCAUACAAUUUUACAAGUUUUUAUUUGUUAUCUUAUAUUUUGUCUAAAACAUUGUUAAGAUAUAUCAAAGUCAAAAUGGAUAUGUAUAAAUUGGCCUUAAAUUUGUGAUUUAGUUUCCUUCAUAGAUGGGGAAAUUUUCUUUUAAAAUUGGAUGUAAUUAUAUUCUUGUUAUUUGUUAGUGUUCUGAAGCGUAAAGUGGUAUAACUAAUUUAAUUGGCUUUGAAAUGGCUAUAAAUGUGUAGUGGGUAUUAAAUUGUGAUGAGAGAUUUUCUAAAUUUAUAGGAUAUUAAUGUAUAUUUGAACUAUAACAUCAAAUCGCUAAGUAAUUUUAAGAUAUUAAAAAAUAAAAAUACUUUAUCAA